CCCAGUACUUUAUUCAUUUACUUCGACUAUACAGAUUCCUAGUUUUAUAAUAUAUUUCAAAUAUAUCCUCACCACAUUUUGACAGAAAUUUAUCCUCAAAAUGUGGAAAAAACCGAUUGUUCUUUUAUUUAUCAUACUCGGCACCUAUCAGGCCUCGGGUCUAUUUGACGAACUGCUGUCACUCACUAAACAUAUUUGGGCGGUUUGGAACACAGGUCAACAAAUUGAGGACUCGUCCGAAUAUGCGAAAACUCUAUGGACUGCGGUAAUUCGCGAUAGUGGUGAUGAAAAACUGAAAAGUGAAAGACAAUUCACGACGUCUUUACUUGACAUCGAAGGGUUAUUCAAAUUUUCUGAGCAAGAGAAGAUUAACUUCGAAAAGUGUCUAGAUAGCUACCGUAAGAGUGGGGCUGUCAUUCAGGAGGCCCAUAAUAUGUUGCGCGACGCCGAUAUAGACAAAUUUAAGGCUAAUGGUACUAUGCCCUACCGUGAAGUUAGCAAAUUGAGAUAUGUCCUCAGGGAUAUAUACAAUGAUGUGGCUGGCGAUUUCAAGUCAUGUUCCAUUUUCAAGAUGGUUUCUAUUCCGACAAAAGAACCGUCUGGAAUCAAUCAAGGAGCCGGCGUACAACAAUAUUUAAUUGAAACUUUUCAUGAAGUCAUCUUCCGUGAAAUACAGCUCCUACAGCUAUACGCAGGUUCCUGUGCGGCGCAAGGGUGGGACUCAUUUACAUUCUCCACCACUUUCAUGGAGGGAGUGCUGGACUUUGAAAGGCGUUAUCUGAAAUACCUCGAUGAAUUGCUAAUCAUACUAAAAAAGACUUCACCGUUUGUGAGACGUGUGGAUUCCAUAGGACAGGAGUCAUUCAAUUCUAAUUAUUCAAUCAGCCUGAGCUGGAGUCUCGCCGAUAUGGCCAAUAAUAAGGUUGUCGUUGGUGUGAAAUUCGUGCAACACAAUAAUACUCUUCAUAUCCAAGUAUUGGAGGGAAUACUGGGGCAAGAUGGUAAAGUUGACAAGAAUUCAAUUGCCUGGGCACCGCUGCCUGAUAACCCAGAGUUAAGGCCCAUAACCUGGGACACUAAAACUUUUAAACUCAAUAAUCCUGCUCUACCCUUUGGCUACGCUGCUGUUGGUGUUCAGUUCACUGUCAAACUCAAUGUAUUUGCUGUCAAAGUACUCGGAAAGAAAUGGGAUUUCAAACAUGGGCUAUUAUUACCGGGUCUUCUUCAAAUUUCAACGGAAUCGCAGCAUGAAUAUAACGAGUUGCAUGUUUCAAGAACAAGAUCAAUACCGAGAAACCUCAAUGGCACCUCAAUUACAUACACAAUAAAUUCUGUCGACAACGGUCAUUAUAUUAAAUUACAGAAAGUACCCGCGGAAACGGAUUUUCGACAGCCCACUGUACCAUAUUUUGAUGCAUUGGAAAUUAUCACUAACCCACCAAGAGCUAUAUCGGGCAUUGGAUUGUUUCAUAAAAGUUAUGAAAAUAAUCCUGGACUAAUUUCAUUGCAACUGCGUUUACCCCCAUUCGAAAGACAUAUGGCCCAGAUGAUUAUGGAUUACAGGCCCAUAAAUGUAUUGGAGGAAAGUGUCACGGAAUCACAUGGCUUGGUAUUGAUCUUUGACAUAUGUCGUAGAAUAUACACUCUGAUAGACGAUUUGAAGGAAUUGCGUUAUGGUGAUUCCGUGAAAAUGAAGCUGAAGAUGAGAGAUUCAUUCAGCGAUAUAGCACAAUAUCUCGAUGAUAUAACACGUCACCAGGAUACGUCAAAUCUCAUCGAUCUCAUGAAAAAAUCAAUUCCCAAAGUUAUGAGUGAUUCAUUGAAAACAUUAGCAACAGGACCUCCGGCAACACGGAAGGAUAUUGAUGAAAUGUACGAUUGGUUGAUCAACGCAAAAAACUUAAAUUAUACCUACGCACAAUUGUCACUACCAAAAAUUAAACGAAUACUUUCCGAUUGCCCGUCUUUUAUCCGUUCAACACUAGAUGCAAUAACUUCCCAUAUAGACGGCAAUAUUUUGGCGCGUGUUUAUAAGUUGACAACGACGCACUACGAUGGCAAAGGCUUGCAAACAAUGCACUACGCCUUAACUCAAAUCUUCACAACACUAAUAAGCUACGAAAUAAAAUCUAUGAUGAUUGAAACAUUUCUUCAUGCACUUCAAUCAACUGAUGAUGAAUUAGAAUCAGAUUGGACAAGACCCGCAUGGAACAGCCAAAGACAGUUUCUAUAUCGAUUGAAAGAAUACGUCGCAGAAUUCUCCGGAUCUAUGAAAGAUUUUCCAGGAUAUAUUCAAAGCCUUGAUCCCACCCUUUCUGAACGUUCUCAAGGUGAUAUUCACAUCGCCCUCCGAAUACCCACAAACAUGACGUUUUUCCAUUAUGAAAAGUCUCGAGGAACAAACGAUUGUGGCGAGGCAUUUAAGUGGGGAACAAUGAAAUAUUAUGAAGAGCGAGACCGAUGUUCAGGCAUCCUAAAUAAUUGCUUCGACGUUGUGGAAGUUGAAGCUUGCGGCAAGAACAGCCGCACGGCGGUUUCAUGGAAAAAUAAAGAAGGCAACCGGAUACGCUCGCGCGAUUGUGAAUCAGAAGAAGGAAAAGUUGAGGUUUAUGUCACUGACCGUUACAACCAACAGUGUGUCUGUUAUUGUAACCAAAGAUCGGAAAUCUAUCUAAAUUUGGAUAUGCGUCGUGCCCAUACAUCCGAAAAUAUGGUCAUUACCGGCAUACAAUUUGUACUCAUAAAGGAUACUAUUUACACAAAAAUAAAACAGGGACGAUUGAUGCCACAUGGUAAGGUCGAUCCCUCCACGAAUCAUUGGAUUGAUCCAGUAGAGUCAGAAACGUCACGAGUUCCAAUUUGGGGAAGGGUGGAGCUCGUCGACGUUAUUUUCCCAUCGGAUUAUGCUCUGACCGGUAUUCAAUUUUAUGGGGGUAACAAUCGGUUCUUUGUAAGGGUACAAGGGAAUAGAUUCAAUUACUGGACUGGUGCCCUGUCACCCGAGGGUAGCAUAAGGGGUAAUAAUCCAGAUGAUCGAGCACACAUGGAGUUGCAUAAAAAAUAUGGACGUGGCCCUUACGGCAUUAUUAACUUUAAAACCCCAGUGGACAGAUAUAAACGGACCGCAUGGGCGAUCUUCAAGCCAUCUGCCAUCGGAACCAGUAAUUCACAAAUUCAACCUCGGUUUAAUGGUCUCACUGUUGAAGUUAAUCCACCAUCGGUACUUGGAGGCAUUGGAAUAUUCCAUCAUGAGACUGUGAAAAAUGAUGGAUUCAUUUCAUUCAGAUUGCAUUCCCUCAAUUUUCAACAUGAUUUGGGAUAUUUUAUCUCACAGCGCGAGAAGGGAACAGCAUUCCUACGAGGUUACUGAGAAUCUCAAUGGAGUGUAUAAUAUGUACAAGUGUACAAUAGAAUGAUGAAGAGAAAUAAAAAAUUAUCGCACUUCAAA